AUGAAGGUGGUGGUGGAGAUAUUGACAGGAAACCUCUUCUACAUUCAAGUCGGCGAUGAUGCCACGGUUGGUGAUCUCAAGAAAGAGAUUGAAGUGCAGGAAAAUUUGCCACUCCAACGUAUGAUCUUGGUUGUUGACAAAAAUCAUAGUCACCCGACGAUAAAUGAUGAAGAUGCAGCCUCUCUAGUUGAUUGUGGAGUGCAAGAUGGAUCUCACAUCUAUCUCUUCUUCAAUCAGCUCGAGGAUGAGUCGCCUUAUCAUCAUGUUUUUACCUUGCCCGAACCUUUUUUGGACUAG